AUGGCAGAAAAGAAAGAUCGUCUACCCGACGAUGCUGCUGAAUAUUGGCUUUUCCCCUUGGUUGACACAUCUUUAUGUCAAGAGACGAAGCGGAAAAUUUUGCUUGAAUAUAUUGACGCUUAUCUUGCUUUUGUUAGUUCAACAAUUGUCGACCACAUUUGGCAAAAAGAGCAGUUUAAUUUAACUGCUGUGACUGAAAAAGAUAACUUACCACCUCACCUGUAUGGUAAAACCUGUUAUGGUGAUAACGUUGAGGAUGAAUGGCUUAUUGUUUACCUAUUAUUCACAUUAACCAAACAGUUUGAUGGAUUAGUUGCAAAAAUAAAGGAUAGUGAUGAAGAGUUUAUGCUGAUUGAGGCUGCUGACCAUCUCCCUAAAUGGCUGGAACCUGAUACUGCUGAAAAUAGAGUUUAUAUUUUUCAAGGAAAUCUGCACAUAAUUCCAUUUCCACAAUCACCUGCCCAGAUAACCACCCUCCCUAGUGGUGUACCUGCCGUUCAGUAUGCUGUGAAAUGUGUCAGAAACUACAACACUGCCACACUGGCUAGCACUGAAAUAAAUAAUGCUGUAAGACAAAGGUUUGAGGGAUUAUCUGAUAGAGUGAAGAAAGAAGUCCAUUAUGCUCACUGUUACAUCCCAGCCAAUCUUGCUGUUGUUUUAGAUACAAAACCAUCAUUAAUAGCUGCAGGGGUUAAUGCAUUCUACUACAGAGAUCCCAUAGACUUGAAGGCAUGCAGAACAAUGAGAUAUUUUAGACCAGGAACUAGAGUGGUAUCCAGGGUAAAAUUCACACGAUGUUUGUAUGCUCAGCUGGUACAACAAGAAUUUCAACCUGACAAGCGCAGUGGAUUUCAGAUGCCCAGCACAUCAAACCCUAAAUAUUUGUCACAUGAUCUCGGCAUGAAAUUGGCUCAUGGCUUUGAAAUUUUAUGUUCAAAGUGUUCUGAGAGACAAGAACAAAAUUCAAAUGGCCACAACUUAUCAGUGGAUGAUGUAAGAUGGCAAAGAUACCUCAAAUCUCUGAUCAAACAUGGCUACUUCAAGAAUGAAUUAGAGGGAUCUAUAUUAUAUAAACAGUUGUUAGAAAAGGCCAGACAGUUCUUCUCGGAACAGAUAGAGUUGACAAAUAGAAGUGACAGUACCAGCUGCCAAGGAGAAGAAGUAUUAGACAUCUUAGAUAGGAUAACAGUAGACAUAGAACAACUGAGAGACGCUGAGACAGAUCUCCAACCUCCUGAUGAUGAUAACUGGUUACAGAUAAGUCCAGAAGAGCUUGAUAGGUUAAUGUUCAAAUCAUCUGGUCUAGAUCCAACAAACAUGGCUAAAACAGGAGAUAUUUCAGAUUUAAAUAAAAUGGGUGAUGGUAUGAAGUCUUUUGUCAACAAAGUAUCUGGUGUAGAGGGAGCUGAAUUCCCAGGAGAGGAUGAUGAUAUACAGUUUGAUGGUACUGGGUUUAUUACACAGAUGCAGAAAAUGUUUGAGUUUAAUGACAAUGAUGAUGCAUCAAGUUCUGACAUGAGUGAGUAUGGAUGGGAGGAAUCUGAUGAAGAUGUUGAUGAUCAGCCACCUGUUUCAAAGUCAGGGAAGAAAGGAAAAGGACCAGUUCAGCCUACAGUUAAAGAUUAUAUGAACAUGAUGGACAGGGAACUAUCCACAACAGAUGUUGGUAAAAGUUUUGAAAGAGUAGGUGGAGGUGAAAGCACAGCUUCAAAACCAAAGGUAAAUGGUAAUGGUAAAAAAAGUAAGAAAAGUAUUGAAGAAGAAGAUGAUGGCUUCAAACCUGUUGACAUUGAUAUGACUGUUGUAAAAAAUAUGUUACAAUCUCUGGAGUCCCAGCAAGGACUGGCUGGUCCAGCCUCAAACAUACUGGGGUCCAUGGGAAUCAAAGCACCAGCACCAAUGGCUGAGGAAGAUGAUGACACAAUAGUUCCUUCUAGAAGUUCGGCUUCAAGAGAAAAGAAGAAAUCUGGUCCUAAAAUUCCACCUCGGCCAAAACCUACUGAUCUUCCGGUAGCACCUCCACGACAUCAUCGAUCACCAAAAAAGUCAGCAGACUCUAAACCCCCUUUGCUUGUAAGACAAGAAUCUAAUGUUUAAUUUUUUUACAUUUACUAUGGUUGUUAUAAUUCAGAGAUUUUAUUAUGAUUGCAUAAUAUAUAUUAUAAUUAUACUCUGAUUCAAUGAUUACUUUAAAAAUGCCAUAUCAUUUGAAAUUUACCUCUACCUAUAAUCAAAAAUACAGCCAAGACUUUUAUGUUGUGGAAAUAUUACCUCUAAAAGCUAACCUUCUUAACUAUCAUACAAUCUUAUUUCUGUAAUUUGACCACUUAUGAUAAGUUGAUAUUUUUGCUUUUUAACCAGGUUUUUUGGCCAAAAAUCCAGUUAUUAAUUUGGAGUAGUACAAUAGGUUUGCUGGCUGCUCCAGCUGUUUCCUAUGCAAUGAGUUAUGAACCAUUCAACCAAGCUUUUCAAAUUUUAAAAUAUUCUUACUGCUUACAAAUUUGAGGUCAUUAUUGACUAUUUUCACUGUUGCCAUUUAGGAGUUAUGGUCCUUGAUUGAUUGGGAAUUGGCACUUUAUGUUGUUUCCAUGAUAUAAGUUAAGAACCAUUCAACCAAUGCUAUUCAAAUUUGAAUAUAUUUUUAUUGCUGACAAAAUGGAGGUCAAAUUCAAUAUAGAGGAUUUUCACCUUUGCCAUUCAGGAAUUAUGGUCCUUGAAUGAUUGGAAAAUGGCACUUUAUGUUGUUUAUGUGCAAUAUUUUGAAAACUGUUCUAUAAUUGCAUUUAGAAUUUUAAUAUGUUGUUACUUAUGAAAAAAUGGAGGUAACGUUUUGAUUUUAACUUUUGCUGUUCAAAAGGUAAGGUCCUUGAUUGAUUGGAAGAUGACUUAAUAUAGAUUCCAUGCUGUAACUUGAGAAUUCUUGAUCUUAUCCAUUAGAAAAUGUACUAUGUUAUUUCUCAUAACAAAAACAGAGGUCAAGAUGGGUUUUGAUGUAAUAUUUGUUUAAAUAAUAAAAGUUAUUUGUUGUUUGACUAGAUAGUCUUGUUAAAUGUCUGUAUUCAAUCAAAGUUCUAAGAUGGCAGCUCUGACAGAACAGUUUCUGAUUCAGUUGCCAAUACAAAGAGUUGAUAUUUCAUUAUUAAGUUUGAUGUAUAAAUUCUGAAAAAGUAGGUGUCACUGUUCAUGAAAUGAUUUCAAUUUGAUUCCAUUUUAUGGCUUACUGUUCAUUGAAUGGAUACUUUAAUUGAUUUGAUUCAGGACCACACAAAUCAAAUAUGGCAUUUUUAAAGGAUUUUUUAUACAUAUUAACAAAGGUGUUCAGUUAUGAAAUCCGUUGAUGUACUGCAGAAUGAAAUAGCAUAGAAUAUAUAUUUUCUCACAUGCAAAUACAGCAAAUAUUAUGUGACAAAAGGAAACAUGUUACAAAACUGUCAGCCAUCACAAAAGUAUAGUGUUUUAACAUUAUGAGAAAUACAAUCAGGAUUUUUGAAAUUUAUAAGUAGUUAUAAAAACAUCACAUUUUAAAUGUGUGUUUUUGAUAUAUAUAUGUUUAUGUAUUCUUCUCUCUUUCAUAGAUAUAUUAAUAAGUGCAAUAAAGGAAGAGACUUGCAUUAUAUGAUCUAUUUUUCUUCACUGAAAAGCAUCCAUAAAGUUCAUUUGAGUUUAUUCAUGUAACUUGCAAUUUAAAUUAAUAUCUUGUGCAAUUAUAAACUUUAAAAAACUGUCUCUGUACAGAUCAAUCAUACAUUUUUUUUUAAGAAUUUCUUCUAAUGUUUGUAAAUAAAUAUUUCCUGAAUGUUUUUGUUUUGUUGUCAUCACCUGUACUGAAGUACUUUAUCUGUAAUUAUACCCCACACAAUUUUUGCGUCGGGUAUAAUGUUUUUGACCCGUCCGUCUGUCCGUCAGUCCUGUUCUUGUCAUCGCAACUCCUCUGAAACCAAAGAACAGAAUUUCAUGAAACUUUAUAGAUAAUAAGGACAUACUAUGUAGAUGUGCAUAUCUGAGCGUGCUCACAAAGGUUCUUUAAUUAUUAAAUAGUAAUGGGUAUAGUGAACCAACACCCUGAGGUAGUUGACGUGUUGUAGGGUAAAGUUGGGGUAGAUACCAAAGUGGUAUUUGAUAGUUGUCUUUCUACAUGUAAAUACAAUUAUAGAAAUCAAAGACAACACCCAUGUUAUACCGCAUGAAUAAAGAUUGAUUUGUCUACAUGUUUCACAAAUGAGUGGUGUCAUCAGGACCUGAGAGCAGUAUUCUUUUCAUAAAUUUUGAAAAAAGUUGAUUUAUUGAAGAAAAAUGUAUGCAACCUGUGGUUAUUUACUGACAAAAGUGUUCAUAUAUUUCAGUUUUGUGAAAUAUUAAACAAAUGUAUCAUGUUAGUUAGAAUAUUUUAAAAAAAAUUGUUAAAAGUUUUGCAUUCUUUGUGGCAAAAAUGAAUAUAAAUUUACAUUUGUUUUAUUUCUUCGAAUUAACUUUAGUUUACAGUUUUACAUAGAACAUAUGUAACUACAAUUAAUUGCUUUCAAUAUAUAUAUAUGUAGGGAGAUGUAGUAUGACUACAAAUGAGACAACUAUCCACCAUAUAUGAAAUGAUAAGGAUAUAAACAACUAGGAAAUGUAUAGCAGUAGUUGUUACUUACUUAACAGUAUGGUUUUUAUACGACCGCAAAAAUUAAAAAAUUUUUGGUCGUAUAUUGGUAUGACGUUGGCGUCGUCGUCGUCGUCGUCCGGCGUCGUCGUCGUCUGGCGUCGUCCGGCAUCGUCCGAAGACACAUUGGUUUUCGCACUCUAACUUUAGUUUAAGUGAAUGGAUCUCCAUGAAAUUUUACCAUAAGGUUCAAUACCACGAAAGGAAGGUUGGGAUUGAUUUUGGGGGUUAUGGUACCAACAGUUAAGGAAUUAGGGGCCAAAAAGGGGCCAAAGAUAAGCAUUUUUGUAACUUCCAGACAAUAACUUGUGUGUAAGUGUAUGGAUCUCUCUGACAUUGUACCACAAGGUUCCAUAUCACAAAGGAAAGGCUGUAAUUGAUUUUGGGGGUAAUUGCCUCUAAAUUUUAGGAAUUAGGGGCCAAAAAAGGGGCAAAAAACAAGCAUUUUUCUAGUUUCAUGACAAUAACUUGUGUGUAAGUGUUUGGAUAUUUCUGAAAUUGUACUACAAGGUUCCAUAUCACAAAGGGAAAGCUGGAAUUGAGUUUGGGGGUAAUUGCCUGAAACGUUUAGGAAUUGGGGGCCAAAAAGGGGCCAAAAAUAAGCAUUUUUCUAGUUUCCAGACAAUAACUUGUGUUCAAGUGUAUGGAUCUCUCUGAAAUUGUACUGCAAGGUACCAUACCACAAAGGGAAGGCUGGGAUUGAGUUUGGGGGUGAUGAAUCAUAAGGGGGUUCAAAAAAUUUGGGGGGGGGAUUUUUUUUUUUUUCUUUUUUUUUCUUUUUUUCCUUUUUUUUUUCUUUUAAAAUUUUCCAUUUUAAGUUGGUUAUUUCUGAUUAAUAUUUAAAAGCAAAUAAUAAUGAUAUGGUAGGAGAUACACACCAAACAGGAUGUGUAAAUUAUUAUCUAAUAAGUAUUGUGCAAUAGCAAGAAAUUUUCAAUUGCACAGUAUUGCACAAUAGCAAGAUAUCUUCAAUUGCACAGUAUUGCGCAAUAGCAAGAAAUCUUCAAUUGCACAGUAUUGCGCAAUAGCAAGAAAUAUCCAAUAGCACAAUAUUGCGCAAUAGCAAGAAAUUGUCAAUUGUACAGUAUUGCGCAAUAGCAAGAAAUAUUCAAUUGCACAGUAUUGUGCAAAAGAAGAUACUUCGUAUAAAUUGCUUAUUUCUUGAUCAAUUUCAAUGGGGUUUUAUUCUUGAAUUCUUGGGGUUCUUUAAUAUGCUGAAUCUAACCGUGUAUUAAGUUUUUGGAUUUUGGGCCCCGUUUUUAAAUUGGUCCACAUUGAGGUCCAAAGGGUCCAAAAUUUAACUUUGUUUGAUUUCAUCAAAAAUUGAAUUAUUGGGGUUCUUUGAUAUGCUGAAUCUAACCGUGUAUUUAGAUUCUUAAUUUUUGGUUCCGUUUUCAAAUUGGUCUACAUUAAGGUCCAAAGGGUCCAAAAUUAAACUUAGUUUGAUUUUAACAAAAAUUGAAUUUUUAGGGUUCUUUGAUAUGCUGAAUCUAAACAUGUAUUUAGAUUUUUGAUUAUGGGCCCAGUUUUCAAGUUGGUCCAAAUCGGGGUCCAAAAUUAAACUUUGUUUGAUUUCAACAAAAAUUGAAUAUAUGGGGUUCUUUGAUAUGCUGAAUCUAACCAUGUAUUUAGAUUUUUGAUUUUUGGGCCCCGUUAUCAACUUUGUCCACAUUGAGGUCAAAAGGGUCCAAAAUUUAACUUUGUUUGAUUUCAUCAAAAAUUGAAUAAUUGGGGUUCUUUGAUAUGCCGAAUCUAACCGUGUAUUUAGAUUCUUAAUUUUUGGUUCCGUUUUCAAAUUGGUCUACAUUAAGGUCCAAAGGGUCCAAAAUUAAACUUAGUUUGAUUUUAACAAAAAUUGAAUUUUUAGGGUUCUUUGAUAUGCUGAAUCUAAACAUGUAUUUAAGAUUUUUGAUUAUGGGCCCAGUUUUCAAGUUGGUCCAAAUCGGGGUCCAAAAUUAAACUUUGUUUGAUUUCAUCAAAAAUUGAAUUCUUGGGGUUCUUUGAUAUGCUGAAUCUAACCAUGUAUUUAGAUUUUGGAUAUUGGACCAUAAUAGGUGAAUGUCCAAUUUAAAAUUUUUAAGUUCUUAGACCACAUUCAUUCUGUGUCAGAAACCUAUGCUGUGUCAAAUAUUUAAUCACAAUCCAAAUUCAGAGCUGUAUCAAGCUUGAAUAAUGUGUCCAUACUUGCCCCAACUGUUCAGGGUUCGACCUCUGCGGUCGUAUCAAGCUGCGCCCUGCGGAGCAUUUUAUUGCUCAUUGUUGAAGGUUGUAUUUUUACCUAUGAUAGAUCAUCAUACGAUGAGCAAAACACAUACUGUAAAUUAAGCAUCGAUUGUGGAUUUUAACAAUGGAAUGUUGAAUUUAAAGACUAUACACUUAUACAUUUUUGUCAAGGUCAACUUUAUUGUGGUUUUGUGUUUUUUAAAAUUUUUGUAAAGUUAUUUUUUUACCCAAACCUUUACACAUAUAAUUAUGUUCAUUAAGGUUGCAUUUUCAUAUUGAAAUAAUAGGGCCAACAAAUUUAUGUCUAUCUAAUGAUUAGCUCUUUUUAAGAAAUAUUUGAGAGGUGGAUAGGGAGGUAUAAUUUACCUCUAUUAAAAUUUGUUGGGUGUAUUCUUGUUUGUUAAAAAUCUGCCUUAGAAAGAAUUAAACAUUUCGUUUGAUUUAUUUUACAAUGUAGGAUAGAAUUAUGCCUUCCUAUCUACCCCUAAUGCAUCCUGACAUUUAUUUCUGAAUACAGUUUUGUAGUAUAUUUUAUGAUUUGAAUUUAAGACAAUUUUCACAUUUAACGAAGUAUCUGCAUAUUACAAUGCAAAUCAUGCUGACUUUGUAUUUAUGUACAAUAUGUCCAUAAUUUAUUGUAUGAAAAUAAUGUUAUUAUUCAUUGAGAUACCAUAUUUUUGGUAUUUUAGCAUCAGGUUUUAGAUUUGGCUUCGACCUUAGAUUGGGCAGUAAAGUUUGUGCUAUGUUCAUUAUUGGCAUUUCAUGACCUUGUAAAAGGCAUUUAAAUGAACAUUGAAAUGUUCAUGUAGGAUAAAUAAUCAUGGUUCAAUGUGUACCUGGAAAAUUCACAUUAAAAUUGUUUGAUAUACAGUACGCAUAACUUCAAUAUUUAGUAGGUGAUACGGACAUGUUGCUUUUUUUAUCUAUGCUUUCUUAACUGAUGGAAGAAUAUAAUCAUUUAUACUUCAACUAUGCUAUGUUUACAGUCAGAUUGUAUUUACUGUAAAAUCAUUUGUGACAUAGUCACUGACUGUAUAAAGCCUUGUUUGUUAUAUUGCCAAUAUGUUUUUAUGGAAUUUGAUUCAUGCUUUUGCUUAGGUGUAUAGAAUUGUUGGAUAUUCAUAUCUUCCAUCUGAAUAAUCCUUUCUCUAAUUCUUCGUCAAUUUAUCCCUUUCUGCACCCAUUGUAUAAAAAAAAUUUAAUCAACGUGUGGUUCGUUUGAUCUCAGUUCUUCAUUGGUUAAAAUCCGAUUAUGACGUCGAAUUUUCUUGCUUUCCUCUGAAUUUCCUAUUGUGACAGCAUGAAAAAAGGCGACCAUGCCUGAUGAUGUCACAUAGAAAGAGCACAUCUUUUUGCAGAUCAUUCGAAAAGAAGGAAUAAAUUUGCCUGCAUAUUGUUUGAAAAUCAUUAGAGAAACAGAUUCCACCACCAAAUCUCGUGUACAGCGAUAUUUAUCCACUCUCGACAGUUAAAUUUUAAAUAUUUAACUGUCUCGAGUGGAUAAAUAUCGUAUCACACUCGAUGCAGUGGUAGAAUCUAUAUUUAUACAAUUGUUUGGAAUAGGAAUUAUAUUCUGAAUUAGCAAAAAACAGGAUAGAAAUGCUCUGGGAACCUUGCAUUUCUACUUGUUUCUUAGGCUUGUACAAAUAUAUUUUAUAUUCAAAGACAAUAAAUGGUUAUUCCAUAUAUAGAUAAAUAAAUAUGUAUAACUUUAAAAAUUUCCCAGUAAAGUAGCUAACUUGAAACUUUGUUGUAUUUUUUUUCCUAAUGUUUAUUAUUUUUUUUAUAUCUUGGAAAUGUUUGGAUUUUUUUUUUAUUUGUUCUGACUCAUAUUUUAUGUAUUGAUGGAGAGGAAGCAUCACUUCGUAUUAUAUGUACGAUAUCAGCAUAAUGAGUAGAUUUACCUCUUUGUGAUGUCACAUUUUGUGUUUUCUUUUUUAAUGACUUGUGUAGUGACAUUAUAGAUUUCAAUUAACGUAAUCUAUGUAUAACUGAUAAAUUUUUAAGUCGGUCAAUACUCUUUCAUCAGUACUUUGUGUCUUUUGUCUUAUUGUGAUUUUUUUUUGUGUUUAGUACUGAUCUGAUGAGUCCAGCAUUUUCCAACUGAUUUUUACAGUUUGUUCAUAUGUUAUAUUGUAAUACAACUGUCCCUGGUUAGGAAACAGUUCAGAACUCACCAGCAUGUUAAACCUCAUCUCAUUUUUUUUCUGCCAACCCUAAGCCAGGAACAUGUAAUCUAGUGGUUGUUGUUAGUUGCUAUCUGCAACAUUUGUUUUUCAUUCCUUGUUGUAGUGUAAAUCAGGCUGUUGGUUUUCUUUUUUUAUUUAUUUUACAUUUUGUCAUACUGGGGCUUUUUAUAGCUAGGAUUUGCUCAUUGUUGAAGGCUUUACAUUGACCUGUAAUAGUUCAUAUUUUUGUUUCUUUGGUCUGUAUGGAAAGUUGUCUCAUCGACAAUCAUAUUACAUCUCCUUAUGUUGUAAGAAUUAAGUCUAUAAUUGUGAAUUCAAAGUUAAGUAAAAAGUUAGAAAAGAAGAUUGAAGGAAUCCUUCUUCAUUAAUACUACUCCUAGAAUACGUCAGUUUAACACGUAUCUAUUUUUGAAUGUGUUGCAUGGCAAACCUGACAAAUCUCUGUGUGAUUGUUUUUAUUUUUUUGUAUCUUUGUCUCGCCUUGACAGAGUAAAAAAGUAAGACAUAGGAUGCUGUUUCCUGUGUCAGUGGCCGCACCAACAACGUAUUUGUUUGUGAAUAGGUCAGUUUAUGGGGAACCACUAGUGGUAGGUCAAUGAUAUUUUGUAUGCAGUUGUAUUAGCAUUGACACAUCUCAUUUCCAUGGAGAUAAUUUGGCCCCAAUCUUUCAGCCAUAGUCUAUUGACUUUGAAACUUUUGCUUAGUUUAUAUGUACUAGUUUGUGGUUAGGUCAGUUUAUGGGGAACCAUUAGUGGUAGGUCAAUAUUUGGUAUGCAGUUGAAUUAGCAUUGGCACAUCUCAUUUCCAUGAAGAUUGUUUGGCCCUGUAGCUUCAUUCAUGGUAAAUUGACUUUGAAUAUUUUGCAUAACUAACAUAUUGCUAUUUUAAUUUGAACAUUUGCAUUUAACUGUCAGAAUAACAAAAAAGCGAGUUAUAUCUCUGUUUCAACAGUUUAUUAAUACAUAGGUCCUUUAUUUUAACUUCUGAUGAACUAUCAGCAAUCAGUACAAUACAAAACCGGUUGCUUUUAGUUUUAUGAGUUGAGCUAAAUUAUCACAAUGAAAAAAUAUAUUGCAACAUUGACUACAUCUUUGGUUAUUUAUUACUGUAUGUCAGAUGAUCUAGCACAACAUCUUCAACCUAACAAAAUAUAACUGUUAAAGCUUCGUCACAUUCCAUUUCUCCUGACAGUUGUUUUAAAUUUAGGCAAAAUAAGAAAUUAGUGAUUUGAAAAUUGCUUGGUUGCAUGAUAGUUUUGUUAAUAAAGAUAAGUAGAAAAUUGAUACUAAACAGCAAUUUUUGUAAAUUUUAAAAGAUAAUUUCAUAAAUUUGGUCAAAUUUAAAUUUUAACUUUAUUUAGCAUUUAUGUCUUGCUUAUGUAUGCAAAUGAUGCAGAUUAUAUGUAUAUAGUAAUUGAAUGAUUUAAUUGUCUAGUCUUGUGCUAUUUUAAUGUUUAAAUGUCUGGUUUCAGUACCAGUCUUCAAGAAUGUUCUGAUUCAAAAACCUCUCAAAACAAUACAAAACUUUAGUUAACAUAAAACCAGUAUAUCAUACAUUUUGUUAUCUAACCCAUCACUAUUUCAGGGUUAAAUUAUCUCAGUAUUUAAAUAGACUAUCGAUCAUGUAUUUAAGAAUUGAAUGCUUCUUUUUAUGCCCCCGCCAUGGCGGAGUGGGCAUUAAAUGUUACCAUUGUCUGUCUGUACGUCCGUCCGUACGCACUUCCAAAAAUUAGUUUCCUUUCUCUAACUUAAGUUUGCCUCAACCAAAUGUUAUGAAACUUAUACACACAGAUCAAAUUUCGAAUUUGGGUGGUGUCAUAUUUACAGUUUUCUAGUUAUGUCCCUUUAUAAUGUUAUAUGUAAGCAGGAGCAUCAUAUGUGUCCCAUGGACACAUUCUCUAUUUAUUAUACCCCACGCAACGAGUUGCGGAGGGUAUAAUGUUUUUGACCCGUCCGUCCGUCUGUCUGUCCGUCCGUCCGUCUGUCUGUCCGUCCGUCAGUCAGUCCUGUUUCUUGUCAUCGCAACUCCUCUCAAACCACACAACAGAAUUUCACGAAACCUUUUUAUACGACUUCAAAAAAAUUUUUGGGAUCGUAUAAUGGUAUGAUGUUGUCGUUGUCUGCGUCGUCAUCCGAAGACACAUUGGUUUCCGGACAAUAACUUUAGUUUCAGUUAAUGGAUCUCUAUGAAAUUUUUUAAGAAGGUUCAAUACCACAAAAGGAAGGUUGGGAUUGAUUUUGGGGAUGAUGGUCCCAACCGUUUAGGAAUUAGGGGCCCAGAAAGGGGCCCAAAACAAGCAUUUUUCUAGUUUCAGGAUAAUAACUUGUGUAUAAGUAUUUCUAUUGCUCUGAAAUUGUACCACAAUGUUUAAUACCACAAGUAGAAGGUUUGGAUUCAUUUUAGGGGUUAUGGGGCCAACAGUUUAGGAAUUAAGGGCCAAAAAGGGGCCAAAAACAAGCAUUUUUCUAGUUUCCAGACAAUAACUAGUGUGUAAGUGUAUGGAUCUUUCUGACAUUGUACCACAAGGUUCCAUAUAACAAAGGGAAGGCUGGGAUUGAGUAUGGGGUUAAUUGCCCCAAUUAUGUAGGAAAUAGGGGCCAAAAACAAGCAUUUUUCUAGUUUCCAGACAAUAACUUGUGUGUUAGUGUAUGGAUCUCUCUGAAAUUGUACUACAAGGUUCCAUACUACAAAGGAAAGGCUGGGAUUGAGUUUUGGGGUUAUUGCUCUAAGGGUUUCAAAAAGUUGGGGGGGGGGAAUUUUUUCCCCAAUUUUUUUAAGGGAUUCAUAUUUUUUUUUCAAAAUUUUUAAAAUUUCAAUUGCACAGUAUUGGGCAAUGGAUUUAUAAGAUCUUUGACCACAUUUAUUUUGUGUCAGAAACCUAUAUUAUGUCAAAAAUUUGAUCACAAUCCAAAUUCAGACAGUAUCAAGCUUCAAUAUUGUGUCCAAAAUUGCCCCAACUGUUCAGGGUUCGACCUCUGCGGUCGUAUCAGGCUGCGCUCAGCAAACUAUUUUAUUAGAUAAUAAGGACACACUAUGUUGUUGUGCAUAUCGACAGGAAAUUACGAUUCAAUUCUUUUUCUAGGAGUUACGCCCCUUUGAACUUAUUUACUUUAAUGUACUACUGCAACAGUUUGUCAUCACAACUCCUCUCAAACCACACAACAGAAUUUCAUGAAACCUUUUCAGAUAAUAAGGACAUACUAUGUAGAUGUGCAUAUCGACAGGAAAUUACGAUUCAAUUUUUUUUCCAGGAUUACGCCCCUUUGAACUUAUUUGCCCAAUAUACUACUGCAACCUUUUGUCAUCGCAACUCCUCUCAAACCACACAACAGAAUUUCAUGAAACCUUUUCAGAUAAUAAGGACAUACUAGGUAGAUGUGCAUAUCGACAGGAAAUUACGAUUCAAUUUUUUUCCAGCAGUUACGCCCCUUUGAACUUAUUUGCCCAAUAUACUACUGCAACCUUUUGUCAUCACAACUCCUCUCAAACCACACAACAGAAUUUCAUGAAACCUUUACAGAUAAUAAGGACAUACUACGUAGAUGUGCAUAUUGACAGGAAAUUACGAUUCAAUUUUUUUUCCAGGAGUUACGCCCCUUUGAACUUAUUUGCCCAAUAUACUACUGCAACCUUUUGUCAUCGCAACUCCUCUCAAACCACACUACAGAAUUUCAUGAAACUGUGUAGAUAAUAAGGACAUACUAUGUAGAUGUGCAUAUUGACAGGAAAUUAUGAUUCAAUUUUUUUUUCUGAUACAAUUUUUUUUUCUUACACUUAUUUUAUUUCUCCAAUGACAAUGUGGGGACGUGGGGUAUGUGAGCGCGCUCACUAAGGUUCUUUCAUUUUAAAUUUUAUUAGGGUGUAAAAGUGUGACUCCUGGUAGCACUUAUACUAAAAUAUGCACACAAUCAAUGCUUUUACACCCCUAUUAUAUUUUAAAAAAGAAGCAUUUAUGCUAAAAUAUGUGCACAAUCAAUAUUUUUAUGACCCUAUAUAAUUACAAAAAGCAUUCUAUUCUAUUACAUCUUAUAAUUACUUUUUAAUGUUAAAACCAUAAAAUUACAAGCUAUAUCAAGCUUUUUGAUUCUUUUGCAUUGCACAUGAAUGUUGUAUUUUAUUUGGAAAUAAGAUAUAAUUUGGAAUACAUUGUGGUGUUGUAGGCAAAUCAAAAUUACAGAUUCUUAUGAAACAUAUAUGUAAUGUAAUUACAUGAUGUUAAAAGGCAGACACACUCAAAUUCAAAAUCACAACUUAUAUAAUAUACAUUUCCAUAGUAUAAUAAUUCAGGAAAGUUAUCUACAUUUUAUUCAAGAGUUCCAAUUUAACCAUGAUGACAUGCAUGUUUAUACUUUUUGUAAUGCAUUCUGUGUCAGUAUUAAUUUUAUUUGUUUAGGAAAUGUUGUUUGCUACUUAUUUACUAUUAUAAUGUCCAUUUACCUAAGGAUUGUUGUAAACAUAUUUAUCUCAUAGUGCAAUGUUUUUCCUUUUGCAAUAUUCUAAAAGUUCUCAUAAUUUGUGUUUCCCCAAAGUGUAAAUAUUCACUAACUUACUUGAUUUUUCUGGUUCCUAUCCCUAAGAAGAUGAGUAUACAUAUCUGCCUUUAUGGCUUAUGAUGGAUUGCUGUUUGCUGAAGAGGUAAAUUAUGUAAACAUGUUUAUUGUGAUAUAUGUAAACAGUAGACCUGUUAGGAAGGUUCUGCAAAUUAGGUCAACCUGGAUGUAGGGGGAACAUUUUGGAUUGCCUUUGGAAAAAGAAGGUAUGUUGUUGAUGCUGAUUUUUCUUCUUUCACUGGGUCACCUUCAUACUUUCAAAUAGCUAUUUAUGGAGUUUUUAAUUUGCAGAAAGUGUGGUACUCUCAUCAUUAUACAUUGUACCCAUUAUUCAGUAACUUUCGAGGCACACCCAAUAAUUUCUACUGCAAAGAAAUGCUAUAAUUGGACAAAUGAUUUUAAAGACUUUUAUUACCAGAUUGAUUUUUGUUUAUUGUUUUUUCGUGAAAAAGAACUCAUAUAAUCAAAAAACAUAUCAUUGCACUAUGAUAACUUAUGUUUUACCUAAAAUUUUAUAAACUGUUAUAUAUGAUUAUACAUAUAAUUCAAUAGAACAUUGUGCCAUGAAAAAUAAAAAUAAAUGGAAGAAAUGUAA